CCUCCUUGGCCAAGCUAGCCAGCCGGUGGCCACCACGUACCGCAGCAGUAUCCUUCCCUGGCAGGCCGGCUGGCUGUACAGUACAGUUUUCUGUGUUGAGCGAUCUAAAUGCAUUAAACAUGAAUAAAAUAAAGAAUUUGAUCUCAAGACAAACUAACAGAAGUCGGGAAGAAUAUAGUCCAACAGAUGAAAAGGAGUUGGGACUCGACCAAUCAGAGCCUGUUUAUAAGUACAAAGAAGUUAGAGAGUUUCCAUCUGACCCUCUAGCAGAGGCAGAGGUAAUUAACAGCAUUGAGCAGGUGUAUUUUAGUGAUGAAACAUUCGACAGUAGCCAAUAUGAAUUAGAGAAACUUGCAGAAGAUGAAAAACCAAGUUUGAUUGUGAUCAAUGAAGAUAGAGAUAGGCUACGGGCACAGCUACAAGCAGUUUCAAAGAAAGUUUCUGAUGUUGUGUUAGAAAACCAUUCUGCUUAUACCAAAGAAUUACAACGUGUUACUGACUUACAGGCAAGCCUUCAAACAGCGAAUGUCAUUUGUACAAAUGGAAGGCGGCAACUUGAAGUUUCCAAGCAAGGCUUCACCAUCUCCAGCCUCAGCAUAAUGGCAAAUUAUCGCAAGAAACAGCAGCUUCUAUCCCUUAUGAAAUCUCUUCACACCAUAAAAACCCUUCAAAGAACUGAUAUCAGAUUGAGGGAAAUGCUAGAGGAGGAAGAUUAUCCAGGUGCAAUACAGUUAUGUUUAGAAUGUCAGAAAGCUGCCAGUACGUUUAGACAUUACACCUGUAUAAGUGAGCUGAGUUCUAAGCUGCAAGACACUCUUGAAAUGAUAGAGGAACAAUUGGAUCAAGCCUUAGCUAAGACAUGCAACACAUUUGACACCUCUCAUUACCAGAAAGUGCAAAGAGCCUACAGACUCCUAGGAAAAACUCAGACCGCAAUGGACCAGCUACACAUGCAUUUUACUAGUGCUAUUCACAACACAGCUUUCACCAUUGUACUAGGCUAUGUGGAGCUUGUGUCUGGCUCAUCUGAUACAAGAUUUCAAAAGAUGCAAUAUAAAGACUUGUGUAGUUACAUCACAGGUGAUACAUUCAUUCCAUGCAUGGUUGACCUUUGCAAAGCUUUGUGGGAUGUGAUGAGGAGCUACUACAAGACAAUGGAAUGGCAUGAAGAUUUUGAAUCUGAGGUUCAAACUCCCGAAACAGAAGCUGAUACUGGGUCAAUCAGUUCGAAUGUGGAGGCAAGUUUCAACCGGAAGUACAUACAGAAGAAAUUAGCUCAUGGUCUGUCUAGAAUUUGGCAGGAUGUUCAACAGAAAGUCAAAUUUUUCCUGCUAGGAACAGAUCUCUCAUUUUUCAAGUAUGAUGACUUUAUCUUUGUUUUAGAUAUUAUCAACAGAUUAAUCUUGAUUGGUGAGGAGUUCUGUGGAAGCAAAUCUGAGGACAUUCAAAAAUCAAUUCGUACGCAAACCAUUAACUACUUCAAGAACUACCACAGGGCUAGAAUGGAUGAAUUGUGUAUAUUUUUGGAGAAUGAAGGCUGGGAACUUUGCCCUGUGAGAGUUAAUUUCUCCAUACAUCACCUACAAGAGUUCAAGUUCAUGCAGUUGUUAAAUUCACAAAGAACUGAAGACAAUAUGCUGGAGAUUGAUAAGCUGCAAAUGAACGUAUUUAAACGCUUUGAGACGGGAAGUCCAUUUGAUCGACAGAUUUUAGAUGACACGGAAGAUGUCAUACAAACUGUUGAGAUGAACAAUGGUGAUGGAGGUCACAGCUCAAAUGAUGAUUCUGACAGUGAUGUUCCAGAUGAACUGAAGCAAGAUUUCAUUGACGAGCAAACAGGAGAGAAUCCAACAAAAAGAAAACUGUCACAGGUCAAGAAGAGACCGGAACAUGUUUUAGGUAGAGAGAUAAGCCCAAUUCUUGCCAAUACUACACUCAAUGUACUGAGACUAGUAGGGAAGUAUAUGCAGAUGAUGUCCGUAUUGACACCUAUUGCAUAUGAUGUGGUGCUGUGCAUGUCACAACUCUUUGAUUAUUACCUUUAUGCUGUCUUCACCUUCUUUACAUCAGAUGUGCCUGAUGUUGAGAAGGUCCUGAACAGUAAACUACUCAAUACACUUAAGAGAAUAUCAAAUGAGAUAAUUGACCAGUCACCGCAAGGAGCCCCACGCAAUCCAGACUCUCCCAACAAUAAGGUUAAAGUUGCCUUCCCAUAUCUAUCACCAAUUGUUGACCUGGAAAACAUCAACAGCCUGUAUGGACUCUCAGAAAGAAUUGUGGCUACAGAAUCAUUAGCAUUUUUAGCAGAACAAUUUGAAUCUUUACAAUCACAUCUUGAAUCUGUUAUCCCUGCAUCUAAGAAACCAUUCCUCCAGCAGUUUUAUUCACAGACAGUUGGCGUAUCAAGUGAAUUGCGGAAAGCUGUAUACCUGGGUGUGUCAUCCUGUUGCUUAGAAACAGAGAAGAUUCUUAAUUUGAUGAGCACUGUAAAUUGGAAUGUGAAAGAUAUCAUGUCACAGCAUAGUCCUUAUGUGGAUGCCCUUUUACAGGACCUUCAAGUAUUCCGUGAUAGGCUACGAAAUGUUGGAAAGCAAGUUCGGAUACCGCAGGUUGUUUAUGUAGUCUUGUGGAAUCACCUGAUACUGAUAGUGAAUAGGACAGUUGUUGAAGGACUUGCGGGUGCUAAGAAGUGCAGUAAUGAGGGACGAGCACUUAUGCAGCUAGAUUACCAACAAUUCCUCAUGAAGUUGGAGCAGUUAACUGACAUAAAACCAAUUCCAGCAAAAGAGUUUGUUGAGACAUACAUCAAAGCAUUUUACCUCUCGGAAGCUGAUAUGGAAUGCUGGGUAAAGGAACACAGGGAAUAUUCUGGGAAGCAGCUGACAAGCCUAAUCAACUGUGCAGUGAGCUCCAAGCGAGGGCGCCAGCGCUUGUUAAUGAUCAUUGAAGAAUUGGAGAGACAACGACCUAGAUAAACUAGCGCCAGUCACAUGUAGCUAUGGCAACAACAAUGAUGCAUUGUUAAUAAUAUUCAUUUAUGUUUAACAAUUUUUCCAUUUAUUAUUAUAUAUUGAUUAAUCUUUCUCUAAAAUCAUGACACCAAUUUUGAAUAGGGAGCCUUGGAUAUUUUAUACACAAUUAUGAAAAUAGUUGAAACAUUUGAAUAAUGAUUUUAAUAAGUUUAUAAUUUUGUACUUAUUGGUUUUUAUAACUUGCUGCUUAAAUAUUUUAUUGGAAAUAUAAUAAUAAUUUGAUAACUUGACUUUAAUUAUUGAAAUUCAUAUGUUCCCUCAGAAAAAGAAAACCCCUAAGAUGAAAUUGAAAUUGGUAACAAUGUUAAAUCACAUCUCUCUGGGACUGACGUAACUUUCCCCAUCCUUUAUUACAACCAUUUUUAACAGAGAUAGUGUAUCCAGAAUUGCUGGAAUAUGCAAUAUGGUAGGUGUGGGUGACUCAUAAAUCAUCCCAUGGGAGAGUAAACUUUAAUAUUGACAAUUGAUUAAAUUAUGCCAUAUUUAUCUGGAAGCCAUAAUCCAAUAUCUAUAAUUUAGUUCUAAACUGAAUACCAGUAUCUAUCAGGUGAGAUGCUGAUGAUGCAGCAAUGCAAUAAAAAAAAUUAUAAUAAUUAAUUAUUAUAAAUAUCGUACAUGUGCUAGUGAAUAGUAUAUAUAGGGUAUAUGAAGAGAGUUAAUUCUAUUCAAUGUUUGCAUGCUAUUCAUUAUUUGGUUUGAAAUAAUUAAUUAGUAAGAAGAAAAUGGGAAAUUCAUAUCUUGAGGUAUUUUAAUAAGAAACUGUCAUAUGUUUAUCUUAUAAUUUGAUAUUCUAAACGAUUUGAAUAUAAAAGCUUGAUAUACUUGGCAGUAAGAGUGUACACAAAAAGGUUAGCUAAGAAAUACCUAUUCUAAUAGCUAAAACUAAACAUGCCAAAGAAAUUUGAAAUCAAUCAACUAACUUAAACAAAUUCUUAAAAGCUCCAAUGAAGGCAGUAUAAUAGAGGCAAUACAGCUAAAAAAGAUUUAUUAAUCAACUGUUAAUCAAUCAACUAUUACUCAGUCAGCAUCAUGAGGGCAGUACAAUAGAGGUAGUAGAGAUAUAUAUUAAUCAAUCAGCGGAGUGUUUCUAGAUCUCCUCAUCAGAGCUAAAAAUGUUGGCUCCCAGGAACUUAAAUCAUAAGAAUGACACUGCUAUCUUUCUGCCUUGUUCUACACAAGUAAGUCUAAUGUAAAUAAAUAAAAUAUAAAUAUUGUAAUGGAAACCUUUUUGAACAGAUCAUUAAUGGGACCCUUCAGAUGACCUUCUAGGCCAAGUUUGAGGGGCUACCCUCUUAAGACACUGUCUAAGUAAAUAUUCCACAGCUAUGUUCAUGUGCAAUACUAGUUAAGAAGAAGAAUAAUCCAUGAUAUUUAAUCAUUCAUGUCUGUGUAAAGUACGUAUUGUCAGAUUGUGUCAGAAGAGAACUUCUUGGCUUGAACUGUCUUCAAAAAUGAUAAAGGAAAAAAUUGUUAUGUGUAGAAACUGACAUUCCAAGAAUAAAUGUUUAGAUAGUGAUCUUCCUAUCGUUGUCUUAAGCCGGGCAAACAUUGCGUUGUACGACGAAACUCUGCUCACUGUGGGCGCUAGAUGACGCGACGCCAUCUGCUGAUUGUCGAUGGCAGUCUGAAUGGAUCGUCAUUAAAAAUGAUCUGUUGCGUGCAAGUCGCAGCGUUGCAUUCUUCAUGGAAUCGCGUCGGCCGACAACUGUUGAGCAUAGUAAGUGCCCAGCAUUACAGAAUAGACUGCGAUAGCCGUCUACGUUAUGUCAGUGUUAUACCAUGUACAGUACAAGAUAUGUUUUACUGUGUAAAAAUCGUAAACAGAUAUAUUGUGUAUGAAUAAUGUAACACACAAGAUUGAUAACAUAUGCACAAUAAUGCAAUCAGGAUAUCCUGUGCUAGUUGCUUUAAUGCUUAAUUGAUUUAAUUUUAAUUACAUUUUCUGAGAGGGUUGGCAUUUGUUUAUUGUUUCUAUUUUGGCAGUUUUACUUGGUUUUCAGUAUUAACAAAAAAAUUAUUAGUCCAUAAAAUAUCUUAUUGUACUUUUCAUUUUAUAAUUUGUUAUAUCCAUUUCAUUUUUUUUUUAACUUCAAACAUCUGAUCUUUAAAUUCCAUAUAGAACCACUUGCAUGUUAUCUGUUUCUUGUCAAAAUGCUAUAGUGAUAUGUUUAUAGUCUGUAACCUGCAUUGCAAAUCCAAUGUAAUUAUUAUUCAUGUAAAUAAGUACAGUAUGUCUUAUCCAAAAUGUAGAUCAAAUGAGUCUAUACAUACACCUACAUUGAUGUAUAUAUAUUAUACAUACAGUAUAUGAAUAAAACCAUUUAGUGAUGUAAGUAAA